AUGUCUGGGCAAUUCAUUCUUGGUGCAGACCUUCAUCCACAGCUUACUACGAAGGCAAUUAAGCUGCGUUGUGUAAGGAAUUAUGUUGUCACUGAAACAAAGGGAGAAAACAACAUAAGAAGCCAAGAGUGUGUGUUCGUAGAUGAACAGGGUAUUUUCAUCCAUGUGCACAUACCUAAGGACAUUGUAAGCAAAUAUAAGAAUGAAUUCAAGGAGGGGCAAGUUUAUGGGAUUAGGAAUUUCCUAUGUAUCACAAACUUUUUCAAAUACAAAACAAGCACUUUGCGUUAUAUGAUAAAGUUUAAGUAUGACACAUUGGUGAAGCAAUAUAAGCGUAUCAAGUUCCCGAAAACGAUGUUUCGGUUCAAGAGUUUCCCUGCUAUACUUUCAAAACAAGAUGUGGAUGAGAAAGUUUUAAUGGAUGUCAUUGGUAGAGUUGUGGAGAUUUAUUCCCCACUGGAGAAGGUAAUAGCUGGAAAAAAAACAAAGUUGAUAGACUUUGUCCUUGAGGAUAUGAGUAAAAAUCAGAUUAAGUGCACACUUUGGGAUGACCAUGUGGAUCAACUUAUUCCUUAUUUCAACCAAGAUGUUACUGACCCAGUCAUACUUUUGAUCCAACUAUGCCGUGCUAAGUUUAUGGACAAUGGUGAAGUGCGCAUAUGCAGCUCUUUCGAUGCAACUCAACUGUUUUUCUCUCACCCCUGUAAGGAGUUUGUUGCAUUUAAGAGCCGUAGCUUCACAAGUAACUCAACUCCAUUGCGGUGUAUUGAUUCCUCAUCUCGGCUUGGUGGUGGUCUUCCUAAUGGUAGUGGUACUUCCAAGGAAGUGUUGGUCAGUUCUAUUGAGGAAAUAUACAGUAAAAAAAAAUGGAUUGUGAGGUAUAGAGUGAUAGUUCGUGUUGCUGAUGAAACUGGGGAUGCUCCCAUGCUCAUAUGGGAUCGGGAAUGUGCUGAUUUGGUUGGUAUAGCGGCUGCUGACUUAAAGGAGAAGUAUCCUGGGGGUAAUAACUCUAUUCCACCGGAGCUAGGACGUUUGCAUGGGAUGUCUAUGCUAUUUCGGAUAGCUAUGAAGAAAGAUCAAGUAGAGAGUUAUUACUCUGCUUUCACUGUUCUACGUGUUUGUAAAGAUGAAGCAGUGCUUACACAGCACUGCUCAGGUUUCUUAGCUUGCGGCCAAUCUGAGAUCGUGUCAGCUGAUGGUGGUUUGGAUGUUGGUCAAGCCUGCGAGCAAGUGUUUGUUAGUGAUGAUGAAGAGUGUAAAGGACUGGAAAUUGGUUCUGAAGACUUUGACCAGGACCAGUGUGUUGGGCUGGAUGAAAUUCCUACAGAUCUAGAUGAUGAGGCUGUUGCUGUUCCUCUUAAGAGGUGCCUAAUGAAGGAUUUUGAUGCUGUUGGGAGCUCAAAGAAACCUAAGGUUGCUGUUGUGAAGAAGGAGAAGUAA